AUGUUUGUUAUACAACUCCGUGAACAGCACGAUUCCCUGAACGUCAUAUCACUACUAACACCAGAGACAACUGGUCAAGGUCACGGUCUACUCGGUAAUAUAACGACUUUUACAUAUAGGAAUGGUUCAACAUUUAUAAUAACAACUGAUGAUAAUGGACAAGCGCAAUUUGUGUUCGGUGAAACAUGGCGGUUGAAUAAAAAUGAAACAUUAUUUUACUAUGUCGACACAUAUGAACAACAUCAAAAUCUUUGA